AGUAGCAAAUUAUUGAGAGAGCAAGUGAGACACUUUGUUUAAUCGAAGAGAGGGAGAGGUCGUUUAAAUACAGCGGUGAAGUGCGCGCGCUUGUUCAGUCCGGCAGUUACGCUCCAAUCCAGUUCAUCCUUAGCCCGCCGAAUUAUCUAUUUAUUUUCAUUCAAAUAAAUUUCAAUUAUCAUCAAUAUAUACUUGAUAAAAUUAUCACAAAAGAUUGAUAAAUAAUUUUUCAUUAUCAAUUUAAAUUUUGUUUUGAGAUUUAAUUGUUUUUAUCAUUUUUUUUUUGGGUUUUUUUUUUUUUUUUUGUUUAUAAAAAAAAGUGUUGUGUUAUGUGCCGGUAAAGGGGUAGUUUAAAAAAAAUUAUAUUAAACUAAACAGGAUGACUAACAGUAUGAAACAGACAGUUAUCACAAAUCCGACAUGGUGGAAACGCAGAUCAGCAUUGGAACGUGGAUUAACAGUUAUAGCUGUUUCUGGUGGACUUUUAUGCAUCGCCCUGGCAAUUGGAAUUGCAGUUGUCUUAUCAAAUGGAAAAUCAUGUGAUGAUGCCUCAACAGCAUCAGCUGAAGCACUUAAUGGACAACUUAUGAAAAAAUCAACACCAACUGUUAUCAAAGCACCAGAUUCAGAUGUAUGUUAUACAACAGGCUGUGUUCAUGCUGCUUCAAAAGUACUGAGUAAUAUGGAUGAAAAUAUUGAACCUUGUGAUGAUUUUUAUGGUUUUGCUUGUGGUAAAUUUAUAAAAACAACAAUUAUUCCAGAUGAUAAAGUAAGUGUUAAUACAUUCAGUGUUAUAAGUGAUAAAGUACAAGAACAAUUACGUAUAAGUAUUGAAGAACCAACUUAUAAAGAUGAACCAAAACCAUUUAAAUUAGCUAAAAAUUUAUAUAAAUCAUGUAUGAAUAAAAGUGAAAUUGAAAAACAAGGUAUUGAGCCAUUAUUAAAAAUAUUAGAAAAACUUGGUGGUUGGCCAGUUCUUGAUGGUGAUAACUGGAAUGAAAAUAAUUUUGAUUGGCGUGAUACAAUAUAUAAAUUUCGUGAUAUGGGAUAUUCUGUUGAUUAUUUUUUGGAUUUUAGUAUUGGUUUUGAUUUAAAAAAUAGUACAAAAAGAGUUAUUGAUUUGGAUCAAGCAUCACUUGGUUUAUCACGUGAAUAUUUAUCAAAAGGUUUUGAUGAUAAAAUUGUAAAAGCAUAUUAUAAUUAUAUGAUUGAUAUUGCUGAAAUACUUGGUGCUGAUAAAGAAUUAGCUAAACAAGAACUUAGGGAAUCUCUAGAAUUUGAAAUGAAAUUAGCAAAUAUAUCAUUACCAAAUGAACAACGUAGAAAUGCAACAUUACUUUAUAAUCCAAUGACAAUUAAAGAUUUAAAUAAUAAUUAUCCAUUUAUAAAUUGGCUUGAAUAUUUUAGUAAAUUAUUACCAUCAAGUAUAACAAUUGAUGAAAAUGAAUUAUCAAUUGUAAAUGUACCAAGUUAUAUUGAUAAUUUGGGUAAAUUAAUUGAUACAAUACCAAAACGUGUACAAGCAAAUUAUGUUAUGUGGAGAGCAGCAGCAGCAUCUGUUAGUUAUUUAAAUGAAGAUGUUAGAAAACGACAAUUAGCAUAUUCAACAGCAGUAAGUGGUAGAACAGAACGUGAAUCAAGAUGGAAAGAAUGUGUUGAUAUUGUAUCUGGUGGUUUAUCAUUAAGUGUUGGUGCAAUGUAUGUACGUAAAUAUUUUAAAGAAGAAGCUAAAAAAAAUGCUGAAGAAAUGGUCAAUGAUAUACGUAUACAAUUUAAUAAAAUACUUGAAAAAGUUGAUUGGAUGGAUGAUGAAACACGUAAAAGUGCACUUGAUAAAGCAGCAUCAAUGUCAACACAUAUUGCAUAUCCAGAUGAAUUACUUGAUGAUAAAAAACUUGAAGAUUUUUAUAAUGAUAUUGAAUUAACUGAUGAUAAUUAUUUACAAAGUGUAUUAAAUUUAACAUUAUUUGGUACUGAAUAUUCAUUUAGUAAAUUAAGAAAACCAGUUAAUAAAACUGACUGGAUUAGUCAUGGUAGACCAGCAGUUGUUAAUGCAUUUUAUUCAUCAAUUGAAAAUAGCAUACAAUUCCCAGCAGGUAUACUUCAAGGUGCAUUUUUCAGUAAUGAUCGUCCACGUUAUAUGAAUUAUGGUGCCAUUGGAUUUGUCAUAGGUCAUGAAAUUACACAUGGUUUUGAUGAUCAAGGUAGACAAUUUGAUAAAGAAGGUAAUCUUGUUGAUUGGUGGGCACCAACAACUAAAGAAAAAUAUCUUGAUAAAGCUACAUGUAUUAUUAAUCAAUAUGGAAAUUAUACUGUUCCGGAAGUUGGACUCAAGUUGAAUGGAAUCAAUACCCAGGGUGAAAAUAUUGCUGAUAAUGGUGGUAUUAAAGAAGCAUACUGGGCAUAUCGUAGCUGGACUGAUAAAAAUGGUCCAGAAAAAAAACUUCCUGGUCUUGAUUAUACACCAAGACAAAUGUUUUGGAUAAGUGCUGCUAACACAUGGUGCUCGACAUACAGACCAGAAGCACUUAAAGUUCGUAUAACAACUGGAUUUCAUAGUCCUGGUGAAUUUAGAAUUCUUGGACCUUUAUCAAAUAUGGAAGAAUUUGCUGAAGAUUUUCAAUGUCCAUCUGGUUCAAGAAUGAAUCCAGUUAAAAAAUGUGCUGUGUGGUAAUUUUAUUUUUAUUUUUU